CCUUUUUUUUUUGCGAAAUUUUCUAUCGAGUGCUGAAAAUUUAUUGAGUCCGACUAAACUCGAAUCUCACCCAAAAUUAUAAAAUGAAACCAAGCAAAAUUUUGUUUAUUUCUUCAACUAUUUUUUUAUAUUAAUUUUGUUAUAAGAUUUUUUUUUUCUGUUUUUUAUCAUCUCCCCUCUUUGUGGAGAUACAGAGUAGAGAAGAUUAAAGAAAAUGAUACUGAAUUGUGCUUUUUCUGGAUUUGUUCAAUGGAAAAUUCAGAAGAAAAUGGUAAAUUUAGCUGCUUCUAGCACAAAUAAUUUUAAUACAGAGAAGCUAAGGGAACAAUUAGACCAUCUUCACAAGGAAGCACAAAGCACAAGAAAUAAAGCAAAUAAUGCAAGAUCGAGGCUACUUCGGUUGUCUGAAGCAGCAGAGAGAUUUCGGCGACAAGCAGCCAUUAGUGUUCGAACAGGAAAGGAGAAUGACGCCAGGGAGCUACUUUUUCAAAAGAAGAAGAUUAUGCAAGCCAUGGAGAAGUCAAAGAGUCGCAUUGAAUUGCUCGAUGAACUUGCAGCAAAGCUCAAUGAGGCGAUAUCUAUGAGGGAGAAGCAGUUGAUUGGAAAUGUUGCUUUAGAUCUUGAGAUUGCUAUAGAUGAGACUCCAAGUCCCGUCCGAAUAGUAUCUCCAAAGGAUGAUAUUGCAGACAAUUCAGAUGAAAAUGAAGACGUUGACCUGGAAACUAUAAAAUUAGCUGAUAGUCAAGAAUUGCAAGCUCCCUAUGAUGGUAAUGCAGACCUUAAAACUAAUAAUGAAUUGAAACAUCUCGGGGCAUCAACAAGUGGGGACAUGUCCAAGGAAGCUGACAGGAUCAAUAGUUUAAAGGGGGUAUCUUCAUACGAGGAGUUUUUGGAGCAUAUAGACCAACAACUAAGAGAUAUUGAAGUAGAACUUGUCACCUUUUUGAGAUUUUCAUCCUUAAUACUUGAAAACAAAGAUAAACUAGAAAACUCAAAGAUACAGCAAGCGCUGGACGUUCUCAACGGUGUUCAUCAGCUUAGAGGGAGAAUUGAAAGCAUAGUGCAGAAAAAAACUGGUGUAUAUUGAAGUUUUUUUGCACUAUGCAAUCCUUGCAGUGGCGGAUGUCAAGGCCAAAGUUCAUUUCUUUGUGGUUGCUGUUGGUGGUAGGACUUCACUAAGAUUCUAAGCACUCUCUCAGAGAAUCAAGUUGUUGUAAGAUAAUAAGGUAUAUGCUUUGUGAACAACAGGAGAAUAUCACAGCCUUUUUUCACCGGUGGAUAUAAAAUUCAUUAUAUUCUUUUGUAAUAUAUUUCUACACUCUACAACUCUGUCAAAUCUCCCUAUUUCAAUUGUACAUUCAAGCAAUCAUAUCUCCAGUAUCCUUUCUUUUUGAUUCUUGAAUCCCAAAAGUCUUUGAUUCUUGAAUUCAACUUUUUUGUUGGCAUUUCUUUUCUAUCUCCACAGUGAAGAGCAUCAAAAGAUGCAUUGAUCUCUUUAAAGCUAAGGCUCUCUAUUUACCCCCCUGAUGCAUCUUGUAUCACCUAUUUUGUUUUUAAGCAUAAUGUCAGUUAAUUGCUGUUACUUAUGUUGUCCACUUGAGGGAUUACACUGGGUACGUUAAUGUUGUUGGUUGCUGUGCUUAUAUGUUUCAUGAUAUUCCCCAGUUUGUCCACCUGGAUAUAAAUAACUCGCAUUGACCAUUCAUCUGCGGGGUCUGCCAGCAGUAAGUUUUCAGCAGUUGCUGAUAUGCAAGAUAUCAUACUGAUUGUUGAGUUUCUAGAUGUCAUUAUUUCUCAUUUCUCUCAUCUUCUUGAGCUCGGAUAUGAUGUACUCUCAUUUACCACAGCAGUAGAAACCUACUUAGCACGAAACAACCUCUCUACCUUCCAAGGUAAGGGUAAGGUCCGUGUCCACACCACCAGAUCCCACUUGUAGAAUUACAUUGAGUAUGUUGUUGGUCUCUGUACUCUGAGAAAACUAUAUAAAACAGCUAUGCUUCAGUCCUGAACAAGUUGAGGUCAACUAUAUGAAUCUUCACUGAUCAUGUUUCAUCUCGUUGUUUUUUGUAAAUGGACUUCCACGACAUCCAUGGCAAACACGCAUAAUGUAGCUGCUUCUGUGUCCACUUCCAGUUGCUGAAGAUCCUAUACAAGCUUCUUUUAUUUGUUUAAGAUACUGAUAAUAAUGUUCAUAUUCUGCAGACUAUAGUAACUUUAUUUGUUACUGAUUCUGUAUCAUGUACUUGUUUAAAUCCUUGCUGUUAGCAUAUGGUAACUAUAUUUGCACUA